AUGGAGAAGACCGAAGCACCUCGCGCAAGCGCCGCUGCAGCAUCAAAGACUGUCAUCGUCAUAGUCGGACCCGAAGAGAAGUAUUACACCCUACACAAGCAGCUCUUGACGUACUAUUCUGGAUACUUUCGUCGCGCAUUCGUCAAAGAACGCAGUAACUGGCACCUGGACACCGUGUCAGUUGAGGGGUUCAACGUCUUCGUUGAUUGGAUAUACGAGACGAGGCUGCGCCCGUCGGUCAACACGGAUGAAGAUGAGACGUCAUGCAUGCUCAGUGCCUAUCUGGUAGCAACAGAACUGUCAGUCGGAUCGCUAAAGACGGCAAUCUUGGACUGGAUAUUCCUUGAUCUCUCGGACAGCUAUCUCAGUGUGUCAGCUGUUCAACGGUGCUUCGAAGUCUUGCCAAACAACGAUCCUUUACUCCAGCUCAUUGUCGACGCCUUCUGCAUCAACGAUGGCGUGGGCACGAUGGGCGUCGAGGAUUUCGCAACAAUCGAUGACCUGCCAAAGCAGUAUCUGGCUCGUGUCCUCCGAAAGCUGCACCAGCUGACAGAGCUGCCCGAUGAGGACCGAGUUCUUGCGCGCGAAGACUACAGCAUGGUGGUAUCGCUGAACUACAAGGUUGUGGAAGAAGUGUCACAGUCUAAAGGCUGGGGAGAAGCAACACAGUACAAAGGUUGGGGAGAAGUGGUACAGUCCAAAGGCUGGGACGAUGUACCAAAUUCCAAGGAUUGGGGCGGAGUGUCGGACUCCAAAGGCUGGGAUCUGACUGAAGAGGAAACUUUCAACUACACCCAAAUCAUCAUGUCCGACGCCGAGGUUAUCGAACAGAAGCGCGAGGAGGAUGAGCGCCUCGAUACCGCCGAAGACCCCAACGAAGAGGAAGAGAUCUCAGCAAUGAGGCGACGCGUACAAGAGAUGGAGGAAGAAGCCCAGAAGCUACGCCAGAUGCAGAGCGAGACAGACCUAGAACGCCACGAGAUGCGCGAGAGCAAAGAAGACGUCGACGCGCGCAGUGUCUUUGUCGGCAACGUCGACUACGGCGCUUCCCCCGAAGAGAUCCAGGCACACUUCCAGAGCAUCGGAAGCAUUAACCGUGUGACCAUAUUGCUCGACAAGUUCACAGGUCAUCCCAAAGGGUAUGCGUAUGUGGAGUUCACAGAACCGCAUCUGGUCAAUGAGGCCUUGGUCCUUGACAACAGCCAGUUUCGCAGCCGGAAUCUAAAGGUCGUACCAAAGCGAACGAACCUCCCCGGUAUGACACGAGGCGGACGCGGCGGCCGAGGCGGUCCCCGAGGCGGAUACGGCGGACGCGGCUCACCAUACGGCGGCCGUGGUGGCUACGGUGGCGGCUACGGCGGCGGCGGCGCUCCACGAGGAGGCGGCUACCGUGGUGGAUACCGUGGCGGAAGAGGCGGAUCGGCAUACCGCCCAUACUAA